GGGUUUUCUUGACAACAAUCUGUUUACCUCAUUAGAAACUGUUCUACAGAUGUCAUAAUCCAUUUAGGCGUUCUAAACUACGUUCUAAUUGAACUUAUAUAUCAGAAGAGUAUGCAAAGGUAGAAUCCAAGUAAAAAACCAAAUCAACAUGGAAUUUCCAUCACCUGCUGGUAUCCCAACCCUGUUUGGGGUGGUCAGGGAGAAAAAUGUGACAUUUUGUAUUGACACAUCAGGAAGCAUGUACCAACUCAUUGAUGCAGUAAAAGAUCACUUGAUAGAAGUACUUCGUGAUAGGGCACACAACAAACAAGGGACAAUGUUCAAUAUCAUUGAAUUCAACACAGAGGUUACACAGUGGUCAGAUAGACUUGUAAAAUGUAAACCACAGACAGUCGCUAUAGCAGAGGAAUGGAUAAAAAAUCUGAGUGCCAAAACAGGCACUAAUACGAAGGAAGCUUUAUUGUUGGCUCUGGCUGAUCAGUCUUGUGAAUCGGUGUACCUUGUUACAGAUGGACUUCCAGAUUGUAAUACAAAUGAACUACUCGAUCAUGUCCAUUAUGCUUCAAAAGGGCGACCAGUUCAUUGCAUAUAUUUAACCUCAUCAACUUCUUCAGAUGAAGCCACCCACUAUUUAGAAGAUAUGGCUAUGGAAACGUAUGGAUCGUUUCAUAUUGUGUCUAUAACUAACAAUGGGGCCAUAGAAAAGGUCACCCCAAUUUACAGAUCUGACCAUGCAAAUGAACGUGUAAUUAGGACCACUGAUGGAUCAAUCUACCCUAAUAUUAAAACAUGUUCAGUGUCAGCAACCGUCAAUACACCUGAAGUUGUAAUCCCUCCUACAGUAUUUCUUGGUAAUGGUUCCUUUGCAAUUCCGCCAACAGUCACUGCACCCGUUAUCACACCUUCAGUUUAUAUGGGUGGUGACGGAUCAAACAUCAUCUUUCCUGUCCCAAAAUACUUUAACCACUACCGUCAUCUAUGGCCAUUUGAAUCUUGGCCAGGGUACUCCCCCUAUUGGUGGUCACGAUACAGACCAACUAAGGCUUGGUUGCAAGGUCAGAAAGAGAUUGAAACCGCAGACAACAUCUCUAUGUAUGCUCCAGGAGCAGGCGCUCUACUGAUAGGAAAUGAUGUUCUGGCUAGGAGGAAAGAAAAUGGUUACUAUUAUAGGGGCACUGUCAAAUCAGAGAUUAUGUCUCACAAAUUCUUGGUUGAGUUUGGCCCUUGUAAACAUGGCAGAUUCACUGAUACUGUGUACCAAGAGACAUUUAACCAUGACAUCAUCUCAUACAAAGAUGCUCAGCGUCAUGCAAUUGUGGUUGGUGACAAGGUGCUUGCUCCCUGGACACACCAAGGGGAAAAGUUUGGACCGGGCGUGGUGCUUGAGGGUGUAGAAAAGCGAUAUACUGAUGGAACUUGUGAAGACAAGGAGUUAACAGUUAACUUUUUCAAUGGAAAAACCGAGAAGGUCCCACUAAAUGUUGCAGUUUGGGUACCAGAUGCUCUGCAUGAACGCAUCAAGUUUGAGCUCCAACUUCCUGCGAAAGUUCGCAAUGAAAUGACGGAGGAUGAUGAGUACCCAGAAUACCCUGAGGAAAACAAACCAGGUUACCCAACAUCUGGAUCGAUUCGUAACCCUGUAGAAUAUGAACAUGCCAAGCCAGUUAUGGUGAACGGCCACCAUGGGGAACCAGUUUUGAAUUACGACAGAGCUCCAUAUUAUCACCCAGAUUAUGUACCCAUAUAUCCUAUAGUCCAUAAAUACACGCCAAAGAAACCUAGCUUUGUACAGGGUUCAGAUAUGGACCGAUUGAUUCCUGGUACAGAAAUGACUAAAGAUGAACUUAACGAGAAAGUGAUGUCACAAAUAAUGGAUCAUAAACUCAUGUUACAAAGUAACAGAGAGUCAUCCGGUGGAAGUGAGAAACUAUUAUCAAGACGAUCACGUAUGACACCAAGGUCAAGUUUACGUCGUACUAAAUCAGUUGAAUUUGACCUCGAUAAAAAUCAAAGUCAUAGUGAUCUUGAGACAGAGUUUGAUGAUGAUAUUGACCUUGAUGUCGAAUACUUAGAUGAUCCAGUAGACAGUGGAAUCGGGACGUCUGAUUAUUCACUAGAUUACAAUCAUGAAUUUCAAAGCUAUCAACCAGACCCCAGGGAUGUCCCAAGGGAGAGACAUCACAGACGCACAAGAUCUGGAAAGUCACAAAGGAAACCUCGUUGGAAGUACUGGAGUAGCGACCCUUCGCCUGACAUCAUAGGACCUCCAACACAUGAACCUUAUGAGGAAAGCAGAACCCCUGUGCCACUUGAGAAUAGGGAACCUCUAUAUAAUGAGAAUGGUGUUGAAUGGACAACUCCUGCCUUUGAUACUGUGGACCAGCUAGGUGGCAGCACUUAUGAUAGAGGGAUUAACGAAUAUCUUCUCCGUCAUCCACAACCCCCAUCACAACCACGUAGACAAGGUCCAGGGGUGGAAGUUGGUAUUGGUUUAGGAAGACGACAGAUUGCUGAAGAGCAAAGACAACAAAUGAUAAGAAACAAUAAAUUACUGAAAUCUAUAGAUCGCCAGCAAGCAAUUGUUGAUCGUAACAACCAAUCAGAACGCAUGAAGCAAUAUUUUGAAGAUGGUCACCAAUCACGAAUCAGGGCCCAACUCUCUAGAGACCAAGAUCGUCAUGCAAACCACAUGGCUCAAGUGCAGAACACACGGGAGGCAAAACGGCUCAUUGCUAGUGAAAUUCGGGGACAUUUUGAAAGGAAGACUGAAUUUGAACAAGGAAGGGAUUCUAGAAAAUUUGAAGCACUUAGAGCAAAGGGUGAAAUGCGAGAUAGCUUGGUACAAGAAAGAAAUAUUGAGAGAGAAAAUAUACAGCAAGCAAGACAGGUCACCAAAGAGCAGAGAUCUCAAAUUCGUUCAGAUCAACAUACACAGCGUCUAAAUCAAGAAGAGGCUCAAAAUGCUGCCAUUGAUCGACAGCACCAGCGGGCAAAAGUAAACAGAAAUCGGCACUUUAGACAAUUGGAGUCACAGGGUCAGAAGUAUAAAGAUGAUCGGUUAGAAGUAACUGACAAACAUUUAGCUUUGUUCAGAUCAACUGUGUUGCCAUAGAAACAUGGUUACAUGUUUAUGACACACAUCUAGCU